AUGUACUCAAAAUUUGCCCAUUCCAGCUAUUUAGCCCAGUUACGAAUUUGUUUUGAGUUAAAUAAAGUGUAUUAACAUAAAAAAUACAAGCUGAGAGUUUUUUGAAAAAAAAAUGGAUCAGUUCUCGCAUGACUUAACGGUUGCUCUUAUGGAGGAAACAUCGUUAUUAGACCGUGCACGCGUAAGUAGGUGGGGUCAACGACGCAGGACUCGUUCAACAGGGAAUUUGCCUUGUGCCCCGCAGCCAACAGAAAAAGAGGACUCUUCUAGUAGUCCAAGUGAUGUACGCAAAACAACAAAUAUAGAUGGCUUAGACACAAAGAAUGUUGAUUUGAAAACUAUGAGCGAUUCCGAUGAUAAGGAAAUACACCUUCCAAGUAAGUCACCCUUGAAGACAUCACUUAGGCUGGGAACGCUCGAGUCAGAUUCAUUAAAUGAAACCUUCAGUCCUGCAAGAUUCUUUAAACCCAGUGCAAGAAGGAAGCGAAAGUUUAAGCGUAUGUCAAUGGAGUGCGACUUAGGCACUGUCAGCUCUAUUCAAAGCCAGGAUACAUGCAGUAACCUGUCAUCAACUGUAACGGCUAGUAUGGGAGGGUGUGGCGCUAUGAGAAAGAGAGUUCUUAAGCCCGAUCCAAAUACCCGCAGCAACUUAUUUUUUUGUGGUAAACGUAAGCGAUCAAAUCGUGAUCGUUAUCAAGAAUAUGACCCCUCAACAAAAUCUCACUCAACAAGCAUGCCACGUUUUGCCUAUAUGGAGGAUAAUAGAAUUCGUCCUCGCAGCUAUUCCUCUACAUCAAAGCCUAAUAGUGACAAAUUGCUGCCUUUGAACAAAGGACUUCUCUCGAAAAUUGAAAAAAUAUCCCAAUCGCAAAAGACUGAUACUGAAUGUAAGUCGUCCGCAUCAAAUUCAACGUUAACGGAAACAAAUAUUCCAGCUACAGUAUUUGAAUUAAUACAAGCAAAACAACAAGAAUAUAAAAGUCUACGAAAGAAACGCAGCAAUUGCCGUCGUAAUCAACUCCAACAAUUGCAGUUUGCCGUUGAUCAGCAUACGAUGGAUUGCGAAAGCUUUAACGACUUUUCAAGUUCGAGUUCGUUAAGCUCAUCUGAUUCUGAAGAUGCACAAACCACAAACGAUACCGAUCGCGAAGGUGAUGACGAACUUACAGAUUGGCCAGGCAAUGAAGGUGUUAGCGGCCCUGCUGAUGCUAAAAACGAUUCUAAACGAAAACUUACCAAGAAGUGUAAUAAUCCCCUUAUUAAAUCGGAUGAGGGUAGCCUUGCCUCUGGAAUGGGGGAGGAUGAUACUAUCAUGCUCGGCAGUGAGGACUGGUCACCAAACAUUUCCAAUGAUAACCUUGAACUACGUUAUCGGCCGUCAGAACCCAUCACUAUUGUAAAUAAAGGAUUUGAUUUAGGGCGGAAUAUCUGCGAAGCCACAAUCAUUCCAUUUAAGCAAAUAGAAAGCGAAAUGUCGGGUGAGACUUCGAAUCCAUUUUUAUCUUCGCCACCAUCUCAGUUAAGUGAAAUAAGAGAAAUACGUGCCGGUUGCCGUCGCAUAAAAGAUGAGAGACCGGGUUUUAGCAUUAAAACAAGUGUAAAUGAACGCCUCGCGCGCUUUUUACAGGACCCAAGGCAAAUACAUAUCCGGUUGCCUGAUAUCGAAAUCUAUGAACAUGACAGUUUACUUAAUUUAGCCACAUUGUAUUCCUUGCAAAUUUCUUUAGAUAAUGGAUGUGCAGUACUUAACAAAACCAGCAACACCACACAGUCGGUUAAUAUUGAUCAGAAUAGUUUACAAAAUUGUUUACUUAGUGACUUUAAACGGCGAUGUUAUGGAAGCAAGAGUGAUGGUUUGACAAAGAAGUGAGGUGACGAGUUGCAAACCAUGACAGUCUGCGCUAUAGAAACGAUUCGGAUUUUAUACAGCCAAGGUUUUACACUUCAGCAGGAUUCCCAGACAAUUCUUAGGGACUGUUUUAUAUGCUUACAACAAUCCGUUGCUGAUUAGUUAUAGUCUUCAUAAGCAUAAGAAUUCAUAUUCGGUUUUUAAUCAGUGAAAAGUGCUUUGAUAAAUAAUUUAAUAAUGAUAUUUAAUUAUUAUAGCCCAUUCUUUUGUACAUAAAAAAUUUAUUAUUUUUGU